GCGGGGCGCGGCAGUCUCACGCGAGAGUCGGCGGCGGACGCACGUGCAGCGCCGAGUGUCCAGUGCGAGCGUGCCAGUGUGUGUGUGCAGACGGACCUGGUGUGUGUGUGUGCGCGACAUGCGGGCGGCGCGGAGGGAGCGGGCGGGGCGCUGACUCGAUGCGGGCGCGGUGUGUGCGGCGCGCGCCGCUGCUGAUCCUCCUCGCCCUCGCCUGCACGCUGCGUUGCGCGGCGGGGGCGGGCGUGUUCGAGCUUCAAAUACUGGAAUUUAGCAACUAUCGGCUGGAGGUGGGGGCGGGCGGAUGCUGCGGGGGCGGCGGUCCGAGGGGCGCGGGAGCGGCGGCCUGCUCGCAUCCCUGCCGCACCAGGUUUACGCUCUGCCUCAAGGAGUACCAGUCGGCGGCCGCGCCCGGCGGGAGCUGCUCCUUCGGGCGCGCCGCCUCCCCCGUCCUCGGCACUGACUCCUUCACUCUGGCUGAGCCUCUCUACACCCUCGCACUGCCCUUCAGCUUCCGAUGGACGCGUUCGUUCACGUUGAUCCUGCAGGCGUAUGACGACUACGAAUACUCCGAGCCCGAAGCGGGGCUCAUCGAGGAGGCGUGGUGGUCCGGGAUCGUGGAGCCGAGCGCGGAGUGGCACGCGCUGCGCCACGCGGGCGCCGCGGCUGCCGUCGCGUACCGCGUGCGGGUGCUCUGUCAGCCCAACUACUACAAUACGACCUGCACCACGUUUUGCCGGCCCAGGGACGACAAGUUCGGCCACUACUCGUGCACGCCCGACGGCGACAAGCACUGCCUGCCGGGCUGGCAGGGGGACAACUGCGAGAAACCUGUUUGUAAGGAAGGCUGUCACCCGACUCACGGACGUUGCGAUCGGCCCGGGGACUGCGAUUGUCGACCGGGAUGGAGAGGUGAACUGUGUUCUCAGUGUCAGCCGUAUCCGGGGUGUAAACACGGCUACUGCAACGGUUCCUCCUGGGACUGCACCUGCGACACGAACUGGGGCGGGAUACUUUGUGACCAAGAUUUAAACUACUGCGGCACCCACGAGCCAUGUCAGCACGGAGGCACCUGUGAGAACACCGCGCCGGAUCAGUACUUCUGUCGGUGCGCCGAGGGCUUCUCCGGGGUGGACUGCGAGCGCGUCGACAACCCGUGCGCGCCGCAGCCCUGCGCUCAUGGCACGUGCUCCCUCGCCGGCACGACGCGAGGCUUCACGUGCACGUGCGACCGCGGCUGGGGCGGGCUGCUCUGCGACACCGACCUCGACGACUGCGCCAGCGGGCCCUGCCUGCACGGCGCGUCCUGCAGGGACCACCUCGACGGCUUCACCUGCGAAUGCGCAGACGGCUGGACCGGGCCAGCCUGCGCCGAAGACGUCGACGAGUGCUCGGGUCGAAGCAUGACGGAGGGCGCGCUGGGUCCGUGCGUGAACGCGGCGGCCUGCAACAACACGGCGGGCGGGUACUCGUGCGCCUGCCUGGCGGGCUGGACCGGCCGGGACUGCGAGACCAACGUGGACGACUGCACGGGACAGUGCCUGCACGGCGCCACCUGCAUCGACCUGGUGGACGACUUCCACUGCGCCUGCGCGGCGGGCUACGCGGGCCGCACGUGUUCGCUGGACGUGGACGACUGCGCCCCCCGCCCUUGCACCAACGGCGGCGAGUGCGUCGACCUGCUCAACGCUUACCGCUGCAUCUGCCCCGUCGGCUUCUCCGGCACCAACUGCGAGGACGACCGCGACCACUGCGCCGGCUCUCCGUGCGGCAACGGCGCCGCCUGCUACACCGCGCAGAGCGACUACUACUGCCACUGCGCGCCCGGCUGGACCGGCAAGAACUGCACGCAGCGAGCUGCCAGGGACCAGGUGAGCCGCUGCAGCCCCAGCCCCUGCCGCAACAACGCCUCCUGCGUGGAGUCCGCUGCCGACGUCACCUGCGUGUGUCGCGACGGCUACACAGGUAAAACCUGCUCAGUACUUGUAGAAGAGAGCGAGCGCUGUGCGGAAGGAAUGUGCGCGAACGGAGGCACUUGUGUGCGCGAGGAGGGGUCCUGGCGCUGUCUGUGCGCUGCGGGUUGGGGGGGCGGCGCCUGUGACUCCCUGCUGCCGCUCGCGCCCGCAGCUCCUCCGCCGUGCCCGUGCCAGGCGGGGGGGACGUGUCUGCCGUCCGCACUGCCUCCCGGCUGGGCUUGCGGGUGCAGAGAAGGUCGUACCGGAGCCUUGUGCGAACUGUCCCUGGAUCUCUGUGGCUCUUCGCCUUGUCGUAACGGCGGUCGGUGCGUCGGUGGCUCGGGGUGGUGGAUGUGCGAAUGUGCGGCGGGCUGGACCGGAGAGACUUGUGCAGUGCGAGUGUCCGCCCCGCCCCUCCUGUGCUCCCCGCCCUGUCCCGCCCCCGCUGCCUGCGUCGCCGACCCCGCACGUCCCUCUUCCACCCGGUGUCUCUGUCCGGCGCCGCCGCAGCGUGCUGCUAGACGCUGCCUCGAGACUGUUGCCGGCUUGGAAGCAGAGGGCGAUGACGUAGACGUUCUACAAAACGACAACCAUGGAGUGUACAACCGACCAGACCCGAACGUGGGCGACGGACCAGGAGCGUGCGGCGUCGCUAACGGCACCUGGUGGUGGGGAUGUAACGCAUGUUGGUGUAGUGGGGGGGUGCCAACCUGCACUCGACUGUGGUGUGGCCUGCCGGACUGCCUAGCUCCUAACGCACAACCCUGCCGAACCGAUGAAGUGUGUGUACCGGCGGCACCAGCACUGUGCUUGCGUGCUCCAUGUGCCGCACUGGGGGAGUGCCGGCGGGUGUCUGGACGACGUGUGGAGCCCCCCGCCCUCCCGGCACCCCCCGCGUGCUGGCCGGGAGCCCGCUCCCCCGCUCCCCCCGCCCUCUGUGCUCGUGCUCAGCUGCAGCUCGCGAGGGAGCGGCUGGGACCGGGCGCGCACGUGGAGCGUGCCUGUGGAGCUCUGCGACGAGCGUUGGCUGCCGCUCUUGUCGUUCAAGACCCUCCGCCCCCACCACUGGCGUUACUUUGUGAUCUCGCACCGGAUGAUGAUGACGCCCUCGAUCUCGCUUUGUGGAUCGGAGACGAAGUGGGUUCAGACGGAGCCUCCGGUGCAGCGGCGCUUGGAACUGCAGUGCGGGCUCUCGGAGAGCUUGUGUCGCGUCGGCGGCUGGCCCGUCACGCCCUGCUCGGGGCAGUGCUGCGACUCCGCAUGCCGCCAAUAGCGCCGCCGGCCUCAGAGCCAUCGACAGCGCCGGCGACCACUAUCGCGGUCGGUCUACCGGUGGUACUGCUAGUAGUGGCCGCGGCCAUUGGCGCCUUCCUGUUCGUGCGGAGGAGACGUGUGGCGGCAGCGGAACGGUCACGGCGCUGCGACGAAGAGAAGUCUAAUAACCUUCAAAACGAGGAGAACUUGCGGCGGUACGCAAACCCCCUGCGCGAGGAGCGUGGCGGGACCCGCGGCGAGGACCUGCCUCGGGCCCAUUCGCUGUACAAGGCGCAGAACGCGGACGCGCGGAACGACACGCCGCCGCGGGACAAGGAGCUCACCCUCCGCGCCCUGCCGCCCCCCGAGCCGCCGCCCCCCGCGCGCCACCCGCCGCCCGAGCGACUCACUGUACUCGUGUGAUAUUAGUCUAGAAGCGCCCUCUCUCAGCCUUGAGCCUAUUUAUUGUUGUCUACGUCCUGUCAUUGUAAAUAUUAUGUAUUUUUAUUGUAAAUAAUGUUGUUGGUGCGUUUUGUAUGUUUACAUGUGAACAAAGAAUGUGAAUAAUUAUUGUAAAGGUUGUAAAAAUGAAUUUUAAAAGUGAUCGUUUUAAUAAAAAUAAAGUAAAAAUUGUG